AUGGCGGCGUGGCUGUGCUACUCGCGGCACGCGUCGUACGAGAGCGAGCGGUGGCAGCACCUCGACACGUGGUGCUACGAGCGCGCCAAGCUCUUCGAGCAACACACUCUCACCACCGUCAGCCAGAUCCGCACAUUCGCGGGGCUGGUGGCGGUGAUGGGCAAGCCGAAGAGGGACGGCGGCAAGUGGACGUGGGACAAGUGCUUCACUCGCCUGCGGUGGGACGAGUACAUGAACAAGACGGGUUACGCCCGCCCGGGCAACACGGGGGCCAUGCUCUGCCUCUUUGUCACUGAUAAGGAGCGGCCAGCCUUUGAGCGGCAGUACGGCGGGCCGAUCACGGACAUGGCAGGGCAGCCGCAGCAGCGCCAGCCGCUCUACUGCCCCAAGAUGAUCGACCUGCACUACUACCGCUCCUCCAUCCCCCUCGUCGACCUCGUGCAACGCAUCCCCGACGAGCUCGCCUUCCUCCGACGCACCGCGGAGGUUGGGUAUAGCGUUGUAACGCCUGUCGGAAACCUCAGCUACAACCUCACAGGUGUUGCGGUGGGCUUCCCCAUCUUGCAGCACCCGCUGCCGCCGAACCCAACGCAGCAGCAGGCAGAGGAGGCGGUGAUUGGGGGGGCAGGGUCGGUUGUGGACUUCACCUCCAUCGCCAAGAACGUGCUCACCAAGUUGUUUUGCCCAGACCCCUCGAUCACGUUUGAGGCAUAUGACACCACAGACCCCAGUGCCCCCACCAUGAUCUACGGGCCGGGUCCAAGGCUCAUUUAUUACAAGGAGAGGGACAUCGCACCCUUCACUGCCGCCUCGCCCGACAACGUUACGCGCCCUUGGGAGCAACGUGCCGUCGUGCCCCUCGACCUGCUGGGCGGCCGCCUGCGCCAGUACCAGGUCUGGUGCCGGUACUCUGAGCCUCCCGACGCGUGGCAAUCGUGGGGAAUUCCUUUCCUCUGGGCGUUGCUGGCUCUGGUGCUGACAUCCCUGGUGGCAGCCGUGGCAUGGCAGCAGCGCGUGGGGUACCUGCGAAGCCGAGAGGGAGUGGCACAGGCCGACCACCUCCGGGCCAACGCACGGGCAGCGGAGCGGUCCAAGAGUGUGUUUGUGGCGUCCAUGUCCCACGAGCUGCGCACGCCCAUGAUCGGCAUUAUAGGGUUGCUGGACGCCCUGGCUGACAUGGGGCUGAGCGGGGCUCAAAUAGCGGAUGUGGGGCAGGCGAGGGCGUCGGCGGAAGAUACGGUGCGGCUGGUGAACCGCGUGCUUGAUCUGUCCAAGCUGGAGGCGCGCAAGAUGGGGCUGUGUUGUGCGCCAGUUGACCCGCGAGUUUGGCUGGAAGGAAUCGUCAGGGAGAGCUACUGGCGGGCUCGCCAGAAGGGGAUUGAAUUGGUGGGACUGGUGGAUGAGAACGUGCCUGAGGAAUUGGAAGUUGACGCCAUGAGGCUCACACAAGCUCUCCAAGAACUGAUAGACAAUGCAGUGCGCUACACGGGGAGCGGACACGUGUUGCUGAGGGUGUCUGUAUGCGCUGCCUCCACCACUCUGCAGCAAGCCCUCGCCCACAUCAAAGCCUCAGACGCGCCUCUCCCUCCCUCACCUCCUCCUCCCCCUCCAUCGUUCCUCUCCUGGCUCGCCAGCCUCAUUCCCCGCCUGCCUUCCUGCCUUGUUCUCUGCACCAGAGCUCUCCUCACGCCUGGCCAGGGCAGCCUCUCGUGUGACCAAACCACUGCUGAGAGCACUGAGGAGGAGAGAACCAACCAUAGCUCUUACCACCAGAGUAGCCACCAGAGUGCCUUCCAGAGAACCGAUGAUGAGAGAAUAGCCCAGCGUAGCAGUCAGAGAUUCGAUGAGAUACACGACCAGAGGAUAGCCCAGAGUAUCGAUGGGAGCAGUGAGAUUGGGGAGGUGUCGGCGCAAGGCGACGCAGACGUAGGAGGAGGGUGCUUGCCUGCUGAUGCAGUAGGAGGGUGCUUGUCUGGUAUAAGGCUGUGGGCGGCUGAGGGAGUGAGUGGGGUCACGAGGGGGGAUGGAGGAGAGGGGGAUUCGGAGGAGGGUUGGGAAGAAGGUGGGGGGAUGCAGCGGCGGGAAAGUGGGUGCAGCGGUGGGAGUGGGGAGAUGCAGCUGGUUGUGUCGUGUGAAGAUACCGGGUGUGGCAUUGAGGAGGAGAAGCAGGAAGGGAUGUUUGAGUUGCAGGGGCGGACAGAGAGUGGAGGAGCGGGGCUGGGUCUUGCGCUCACGCACCAACUGGUGACCCUCAUGGGCGGCCAUGUGGCCUGCCUGUCUCAUCCCGGCAUCGGCUCAACCUUCGCCUUCUCCGUCCCCUUCUCCUCGCCCCCCUCGCCCCCCGCCGCUCCCUCUCACGUCACCCAUCCUCCCACUUCUCUUGCAACCAUUACUCACUCCCCCGCUCCUCCAAUUGGCGGUUUGGGGGGAUUGGCAGUGGGCGUGGUGGCAUCUGAUAAAGUCAAGAGAGAGGCCACUCCCUCUGCCUUGUACCCUCUUCAGCUCACGUCUCGCAUUCUAUCAGGUCUCCGGGCACAAGUGCGCAUUCUUCCAACGCUUAGGAGCGAGCCAGAGCGAGGGAGAGAAGGUGAAGGAGAGAAUAUUGAGGGAGAGGGAGAGAGCAUGUGUUUAGAUGGAGAAGGAGAGAGGGCCAAGGGAAGACAAAAGGGGAUGUGGUCAGAGGGAGGAGAAAGGAGGUGUUUAGAGGGAGACGAGGGAGCAGAGGGGAUCAAGGGAGGAGAGGUAAUGAGGGAAAGCACUUCUUGGGUGGUGGUGGUUGAGGAUGCAGAUUUGCUGAGAGGGUACGUGAGAGAAAUAGGAGAAGCUGCUGAAAAUGGUGCAUGUAAGAGUGUUAGGAAUGGUGGGAAUGGUGUGGAGUGCGGUGGGGAUCGGUGGUGGAGGAGGGAUGGGCAAGGGAGUGGGGCAGGUGGAGAGAGAGGGGCUGUGGUGGCUCUGGUGCCGGCAGGGGCAGGCAGGAGAGGAGAGGAUGCAGCUUGUAAAGGUGCACGGGGAAGCAGCUGGGAGGCUGCGGUGUGGCAGGCAGGCAUGCGGGCUGUGAGAGGGGUGGAAGGGAUGGUGGUGGGGGUGGUUGUUCUGACGAACUGCUCUGGUAGAGAGGCAAUGGGGGUAUGGGACGGGGGGGAGGAAGGAGAAGAGGUAGAGGAAGUGAGUGUAGGGGAGGAAGAGGAUGGAGAGAAGGGGGCGAGCAGAAGUAUGGAAGAGGGAAUAGAGGAGCAAAGUGAUGAGGAGGUGGGAAUGAAAAGAGGUCAACCUCAGAUGCACUCGCAGAUGCAACGAUCAUUGUAUACAGCUGCUACUGCCGCUGCCGCUGCCGCUGCCACUGCCGCUGCCUCUGCCUCUGCCUCUGCCUCUGCCGCUGCUCCUUCUUCCUCUCCUCCUUGUGUCUCUGCUACCAUUCCACCCCGGGUGGUCACCUGUCGCCGCCCGCUGCUCUCUCACCAUCUGCACCACGCCGUUCAGAUGGCAGCAUUUGGACUCGGCGUCAACAGCCCAUGCCAGGGAAACAGGGCCUGUGAGGGGCAGGGCGGUCUGGGGGUGCAACUGAGGUGUACUGAACUGGGUGCUGCGAGCUUGUGCAAUGGCAGCACCCACGUUACAAGGAGGGGCAAUGUGGAUGCAGGGCAAGAUGAGGGUCAAAUCACGCAGGGUUUGAGUGGCAUGGCACGAGUGCGAGUGGAUGGUGCAGUUGCAGCAGCCGGUGAUGCACCCAGCAGCCAAAUCAGCAGUCUCAGGACCAAUAGAGAGCCGGCCGCUGCUGCCGAAGCGAAUGCAGAAGUACAAGGAAUGAGGGAGCUGCAGAGGAGUGCGGCCACACCAGCCCCCGAUGCUGACCAUUCAGCCUGGGAGGCGGAUUCAACACUGCAGCAGGGCAGUGAGGUGCUGCAAGGGAGUGGGAGAUCACAGGCAGGCAAGGGAGGAACUGUGGUGCUGCAGCGGGUGGGUGUGCAGGCAGCCAAGUGGUUGAGUGCGGUGCAGCAGGGUGGGGGGUUGCUAGGGGGGGUGGGCGUGCUGGUGGUGGACGAUGCGGCGGUGAAUCUGCUGGUGGCGCGCCGCACUCUCACUCGCAGCGGUGCCACCGUCACCACCGCUGCCAGCGGGGAGGAGGCGCUCCGGCGAGUCAAGCACGCCUUGGGGGCCGCUUCACAGCCCAUGGACAUGGCCAUGGAUGGACAUGUGGAUGGGCAUGUGGAUGUGGUGCUCAUGGACCUGCAGAUGCCCCUCAUGGACGGCUUUGCAGCAACAGAGGCCAUACGAGCGUACGAGGCCGACACAGCCCUUCACCUGGCAUCAACCUCAGAAGCCACAGUGGCACUGACAGCAGAUGUGGAUGAUGAGGUCACUCGGCGCUGCCUUGCGGGUGGCUUUGAUGGCGUUCUGCAGAAGCCUGUCGACCCGAAGCUGCUGGCGCAGCUGUUGCUGCGCAUUAAUAGCAGGCGCGGGCUGCGGCACAUGCGCAGUGCUUCACUGCCUGUUGAUGGCGUGUCACUCCGAGCGGCACUUGGUGGUGACGGCGUCGGGGCCGGACAGGCUGGGCAUUGUGUCGAACCGCAUGAGCCGCAUUCCCCUCAUCCACACUCCCUUUCCCCCCUCCCUUUUCAACCACCCCUCCCUUAUCCAGCCGCGCCAGCCGAUCGGCACUUGGUGGUGACUGCCUCAGGGCCGGACAGGCUGGGCAUCGUGUCGACGCUGGCGAAGCGGAUCUUGGAGUGCGGCGGGAACGUGGAGGAUAGCCGCAUGCGUCAUCUGGUGGUAACAGCGUCAGGCCCGGACAGGCUGGGCAUCGUGUCGACGCUGGCGAAGCGGAUCCUCGAGUGCGGCGGGAACGUGGAGGAGAGCCGCAUGGCGCGGCUGGCGGGAGACUUUUCCAUCAUCAUGCUCAUCCGCGUGGACGCCACAUCGCCCCGGAUAGCGGAGGACCUUCGGCUCAAGCUGCUUGAAGUGCAGGGGUUGCAGGUGAGCACGCGCUGGACGGUGGACGAGCGCAGUGACGAGACGGCCCCCAAACGCAAGUUCCGGCGGCUGGUGCUGCGAGGAGCCGACAACCCCGGGCUGGUGUACAAUGUCACUGAGUACCUGUCAUCGAAGAAUAUCAACAUUGAAAAUCUAGAGACUUUCACAGAGGAGGCCCCCUUCGGAGGCACCAUGCUGUUCCUGAUGGAGGGGGUCAUCGCCAUGCCCAUCCGCCUGCCCACGCGGCAGUUGGAGCGGCAGCUGGACGCGUUGCAGCAGUCGCUGGGAGUGCAGAUAGAGCUGCUGAAUCUGGACCCGAAAGACAUGGUGGAGGACUGGAGGGCUGCUCACAUCACAGGGGAUUCGAAGGUUAAGGGUGUGGCAGCAAACAAUGGCAAGGAUUCAGGGGACAGCUCACUAGCAGCAACUGCUGCUCACCAAGAGCUCCUCUCCCCUCAUUCACCCCACAUCCCUGAUCAAUCCGCAGGCCAUUCCCCUUGCCAUUCCCCUGCCUUUCCGCUGCCACCCCCUGCCUUUCCCCAGCCACUCUUCCUGCCAUCCCUCUUGCCAUCCUGCUUAUUCCAAGUGGGAACGGGGAAAACACUUGCCUAG